UCUUUGUUGCUAGUUUGAUUUGUUUUUAUGUUUGAGUUGUAAAUAUUGUCGCAAGGCAUGAACAUUAAACAAAACGUGCCCAACAUAAAGACAGUUUAGUAUUGUGUUGACCUCGGGUGAAUCUUACAAACCAAUUCUAAUAAUGUAAUAUAAAACUUACAUGAAUUGCGCCAUCUAGCUAACAUAACUUGCCAUGCAUUGUAUUUGGUUGAGUAGAGUUAUCGUAAAGGUACGCUGUUGUAAACGAGGAUAGGCCUAUAUAGUUUUUUGAAGCUCCCGAGGGAAACCAGCGUUCUGGAUUUGAUUGAUUCGUAGAGUUUGAGACAAGGGAAGUAGUCCUUGUGUACAUGGUGCAAGCCCAAGACAUGAAGUUGAAAUAGGCCUAUUACUGUUGAGUUUAAUUACUAAUUACACAUUUUUUAUUGGUUGUUUCAAACCUGAAGAUUACAUAGAAGACAACUUGACAGUUCGAGCUUCCUGUCAAAAUGGAGAAUAAUUAACUUUACUGGAAGGAAUCUGGUGUUCGCUCUCAGUGUAACUGUCGUUGCUGGUAGAUGAGCUGCUGCAGGAUCGAAAUUACUCUUUAUCUUAUUAACCAUCACAUUUCGGUAAAGACAUGAAUUUUCGACGGAGCUCUAUGAUGGUAUUGCCAUCGUCUGGUGGUACUGGUGCAAGAAGGAGUUCUUGCGUGCUGCUCUCUAGCGCAGGCCUACCCCAAGAACCCGUUACCGUCUAUGUUGUCCGCCUGUCACCACCUUGUAGGGCGGUGUGGAUCUAUUUAGCUCAGAACAAGAUCCCAUACAACCUCAUUGAUGUCGAUUACUCGCAAAAUAAUCCUGAUCUGGCAGAGAAAAAUCCACACGAAUCAGUGCCGACGAUGAUAGAUGGUGAUAUUGUUGUAUUCGAGGGACAGGCUAUUCUAAGGUAUUUGUCUUCACGUUACACUAACUAUGCGAGCUACGGAUCAACACUAGCCCAACGCAUGCAAGUUGAGUCUGUUAUAGCAUGGGCUUCAUCCGAACUUCACAGGAUUGUAGGUUAUAGAUGUGCUUACCCCCAGUCACUCGAGAAGUACAGUCUCGCUUCCAGGGCCGCUACCGAGGUACUUGUCAAGUCCGGAAUUGAGCAACUGAUUACCACUUUAGAGACCCUAGAGAAACAUUAUCUGAAAGACAAAUCCUUCUUAUGCGGCAAUCGACUAACCAUGGCAGACAUCGUAGUAGCGACCACUUUGAUUCAAGCGGAGUGGGUUGGAUUCUCUUUUCGUAUGUGGCCUAAAGUUUCAAAAUGGUUGCAUGCUGUCGCCAAAGUUGAAUUCUGGGAAGACGUGCAUAAAACCCACGAUGAAUACGUCAAAGAACUUAAAGAAGCGCUUGAUUAGAUAGGCAUAUAAACUUCUAUACAUAGAAGCAGCAAGAAAUAUAUGUAAUAAUUAUAACGGGUAUAAUUAUUGUUGCAAUGCAUGUAGGCCUAUGUGUGAUCUUGAACGCGAUUUAUAUUUUUAAAGUGAAAUGCAAUUUUAGGAUUUUAUUUAAAAUUGUAGAUAUAAUUCGAACAAUAAACUUGUUGUUGAAAGCGCAAACAUCGCUAGAACGCUAGAAGUACGUCAACAAAUUGAAAAUGCACUAAAUGUGAUAGAAACGUAGGAAAUUAUUUGUAGAAACUUCUACUUAAGUUAUGAAUGGGUUUUGUUUCAAACACCUUUCUUUAAAUGAGUUUAAUUAACCUUAAUUGUAGAUUGACGUUCGUAAGCCUAAUGAUAGUGUUAUUGCAAUGCGACUAAAACGUCAUCACCUAAACGAUACUGGAUCCAUGGAAGUUAAUGUAAAUUUUAGGUACCUAUUGAAAAACGAACCACCGAAUUCCAUUUAUGUACAAAUACAAUAAUAAUAACCAUAAUACGGA